GUUGAGAUACAUAAUUCUAUGUUUCUUUCCAGUGGGCUCCAAACGGACGGAGAAACCUACCGCAACCUUACAGGGAACGCCGAGCCCCAGCAUACAUGUGCCCGAUGACGUCUUCGCCCCCGAUUUCAUCUGGAGAGGCUCCUAUGAGUAUAAGAGUCAGAAACAACCGAUGACUUUGACAAUCACUAGUUUCAACAGCAGCACGGGAAUAGUGAACGUGACGCUAAACGACAGCAACAUGGAAUUCCUGCUGUCUGGAGUGUAUAAGAACCGCGAGGCCAGGUUAAUGCUCCUGCUGUACCAUAUGAAAGCCCUGGCCCACAGCACGUAUAGCCGGGUUACCGAGGAGACCUGGGCUAUGGAUGGUUUUGUCUCAGCUGAGCCUGACGGUGGCAGUUAUGUAUUCCAAGGCUUCAUACAGGGGAAGGACUAUGGACAGUUCGGGCUGCAGAGACUAGGUAUGAAGGUGAGAGAGAUCAACAUCACAACUGCAGGUCCUCCUCAUGUCACCAACAGUAGCUCUGUGGUCAUAGCCAUCCUGGUACCUUUCUUUGGUCUCGUGUUGGCAGGCCUGGGAUUCUAUCUCUACAAACAACGGAAAACAGAUCAGACUCAGUACACCGGCUGUUCAGUCCACGAGAACAACAACGGCCAGGCGACGUAUGAGAACCCCAUGUACGACACCAACACCAAGUCUGCGGAGGGGAAAGUGGUUCGCUUCGACCCCAACCUCAACACCGUAUGCACUGUGGUUUGAAGAUGUGCGUGUGUGCCAAACGCACCGGGGUUUGACGAUGGUGUUGAUGGCUUUUGCCGAACAGAAAGCUCGUUCAGAAAUGCCGGGCUGGUGUGAUGCAACACUCUGCACCGUGGUUUAUUGAUGGUGUUUGACGUGUGCGACGGACGGAAUUUGCUCGAGAGUUCUUUUGGUUUUUCAAAAAUUGAUGUCUUGUCUUUAUAAUAUCUCUCUGCAACGAGUUUCUGAAGACGGCACGGCCUCGGAAACAGCGAAGCAAAGCACACCUUCAGGAACAAUAGUUGUGUGUGUAUGGAUGAUGGAUGGGUGAGUCAGCAAGCAGUGUUCAAAUGAGACUGUCCUCUUUUAAAAAAAUACAUCUUCACCUGAUUGGUGAAGAUAUUCCUAAACUACACUCUGAGAGUGAUGCUAUGUGAAUAAUGCCCGUCAUGUUGGUACACAGAGUUGUUUACGCUCCAGUCAACGCAAACAAUGGAGCGUCGUUAAGGCAACCAAAUGGAACACUAGUCUUUUCCAUUUUGUAGUUCUCAGACCAGGGUUCAAGUACUAUUCAAUUUCCUUUGGCCUUUGUUCUAGUCUGCCUCGGAGUGCCAGAGAGGUGGAGGGGGUUUGUUCUAGUCUGCCUCGGAGUGCCAGAGAGGUGGAGGGGGUUUGUUCUAGUCUGCCUCGGAGUGCCAGAGAGGUGGAGGGGGUUUGUUCUAGUCUGCCUCGGAGUGCCAGAGAGGUGGAGGGGGUUUGUUCUAUGCUGCCUCGGAGUGCCAGAGAGGUGGAGGGGGUUUGUUCUAGUCUGCCUCGGAGUGCCAGAGAGAUGGAGGGGGUUUGUUCUAGUCUGCCUCGGAGUGCCAGAGAGGUGGAGGGGGUUUGUUCUAGUCUGCCUCGGAGUGCCAGAGAGAUGGAGGGGGUUUGUUCUAGUCUGCCUCGGAGUGCCAGAGAGGUGGAGGGGGUUUGUUCUAGUCUGCCUCGGAGUGCCAGAGAGAUGGAGGGGGUUUGUUCUAGUCUGCCUCGGAGUGCCAGAGAGGUGGAGGGGGUUUGUUCUAGUCUGCCUCGGAGUGCCAGAGAGGUGGAGGGGGUUUGUUCUAGUCUGCCUCGGAGUGCCAGAGAGGUGGAGGGGGUUUGUUCUAGUCUGCCUCGGAGUGCCAGAGAGGUGGAGGGGGUUUGUUCUAGUCUGCCUCGGAGUGCCAGAGAGGUGGAGGGGGUUUGUUCUAGUCUGCCUCGGAGUGCCAGAGAGGUGGAGGGGGUUUGUUCUAGUCUGCCUCGGAGUGCCAGAGAGAUGGAGGGGGUUUGUUCUAGUCUGCCUCGGAGUGCCAGAGAGAUGGAGGGGGUUUGUUCUAGUCUGCCUCGGAGUGCCAGAGAGGUGGAGGGGGUUUGUUCUAGUCUGCCUCGGAGUGCCAGAGAGGUGGAGGGGGUUUGUUCUAGUCUGCCUCGGAGUGCCAGAGAGGUGAAGGGGGUUUGUUCUAGUCUGCCUCGGAGUGCCAGAGAGGUGAAGGGGGUUUGUUCUAGUCUGCCUCGGAGUGCCAGAGAGGUGGAGGGCGUUUGUUCUAGUCUGCCUCGGAGUGCCAGAGAGGUGGAGGGGGUUUGUUCUAGUCUGCCUCGGAGUGCCAGAGAGGUGAAGGGGGUUUGUUCUAGUCUGCCUCGGAGUGCCAGAGAGGUGGAGGGGGUUUGUUCUAGUCUGCCUCGGAGUGCCAGAGAGGUGGAGGGGGUUUGUUCUAGUCUGCCUCGGAGUGCCAGAGAGGUGGAGGGGGUUUGUUCUAGUCUGCCUCGGAGUGCCAGAGAGGUGGAGGGGGUUUGUUCUAGUCUGCCUCGGAGUGCCAGAGAGGUGGAGGGGGUUUGUUCUAGUCUGCCUCGGAGUGCCAGAGAGGUGAAGGGGGUUUGUUCUAGUCUGCCUCGGAGUGCCAGAGAGGUGGAGGGGGUUUGUUCUAGUCUGCCUCGGAGUGCCAGAGAGGUGGAGUGGGUUUGUUCUAGUCUGCCUCGGAGUGCCAGACAGGUGGAGGGGGUUUGGUCUUGUCUUUCUCGGAGUGCCAGAGAGGUGGAGGGGGUUUGUUCUAGUCUGCCUCGGAGUGCCAGAGAGGUGGAGGGGGUUUGUUCUAGUCUGCCUCGGAGUGCCAGAGAGGUGGAGGGGGUUUGUUCUAGUCUGCCUCGGAGUGCCAGAGAGGUGGAGGGGGUUUGUUCUAGUCUGCCUCGGAGUGCCAGAGAGGUGGAGGGGGUUUGUUCUAGUCUGCCUCGGAGUGCCAGAGAGGUGGAGGGGGUUUGUUCUAGUCUGCCUCGGAGUGCCAGAGAGGUGGAGGGGGUUUGUUCUAGUCUGCCUCGGAGUGCCAGAGAGAUGGAGGGGGUUUGUUCUAGUCUGCCUCGGAGUGCCAGAGAGGUGAAGGGGCUUUGUCCUUUUGCGACUAUUCUUUUUUGGUUCAAUUGCGACAAAUAAGCUCAAUAAAGGCCAAACGAUGUAUUUUAAAUGAUAUUGAUCGAUUGAUUUGAUUUGAUUUUAUAGGACAUAUUUAAAAUACAUAUAGAGUUGACUCAUUCGUCUGAUCACAACAAUACAAUACAAAUGUAUCAAACCUUACUUGAACCCAGGUCUGUCUGCUAGUUUUGUUUUUUUCCAGUAGUAGUAUGUAGCCCCUCUCUCUGCAUGGCUAGGUUUAAAUCUGGUUUAAAUCUGGUUUAAAUCUGAUUUAAAUCUGAUUUAAGAACGUGUCUCAGACUUCAGGCCUCAAUCAGAUCAACCGUUAACCGGCGAUACCAGACACUCACAUCGCUGAUGUUUUAGCGAUGUCGGAGGUGGAACUACUGUUGGAGCUGUCAAAUCGGUGAGCAGCUGCUCUUGUGAUUAUUGUCACGAAGCCACACCCCGCCCCACUCGCGUUAGAAGUUCAGACCGUGAAAGUGUAGGUUAUUUAUAGAAAUUAUAUAAAUCAUCAAACUAAAUAAUGAGGAUUUCUAUCAGCCUAAUCGAGGUGUGGAUUAUAUCUCACAUUUUAGUGUUCGAACUUAAACAAGGCUGCAUUGGAUAUCUCUUAAUGAGACUCUGUGCAGCCAAUGACAAGGUGUAAUGCCGGGAGCCCGCUAUUGGAGUUGACAGCUCUAAAGCAGUUCCUCCUCCUACACAUCAAAACAUCAGCUACGAGGAUGUUGGCUAAAGCGAAUCUGAUUGGAAGGUAAGAGUUCCUCUCAGCGUGAGUCGAUCAAAGUGAUCUGCUCAUUUCCCACCCUGUGUGAUGUCAGAGAGAGAGGCGGGGAAACAAGAAAGGUUGUCUCGCUCUUUGAAUACUGUUCUAUACUGCCAGUGUAUGUAAUAUCAAUGUACUGGAUGCACUCUAACGCCAAUGAUACUUAAGAUUGGAUGUGUCACGUGUCUACCCUGACUGAGAACUGAAUGAUGUGUUAUCUGUCUACCCUGACUGAGAACUGAACGAUGUGGUAUCUGUCUACCCUGACUGAGAACUGAACGAUGUGGUAUCUGUCUACCCUGACUGAGAACUGAACGAUGUGGUAUCUGUCUACCCUGACUGAGAACUGAAUGAUGUGGUAUCUGUCUACCCUGACUGAGAACUGAAUGAUGUGGUAUCUGUCUACCCUGACUGAGAACUGAAGGAUGUGUUAUCUGUCUACCCUGACUGAGAACUGAAGGAUGUGGUAUCUGUCUACCCUGACUGAGAACUGAAUGAUGUGUCUCUACCCUGACUGAGAACUGAAUGAUGUGUUAUCUGUCUACCCUGACUGAGAACUGAAGGAUGUGGUAUCUGUCUACCCUGACUGAGAACUGAAUGAUGUGUCUCUACCCUGACUGAGAACUGAAUGAUGUGGUAUCUGUCUACCCUGACUGAGAACUGAAGGAUGUGUCUCUACCCUGACUGAGAACUGAAGGAUGUGGUAUCUGUCUACCCUGACUGAGAACUGAAUGAUGUGGUAUCUGUCUACCCUGACUGAGAACUGAAGGAUGUGUUAUCUGUCUACCCUGACUGAGAACUGAACGAUGUGUUAUCUGUCUACCCUGACUGAGAACUGAAGGAUGUGGUAUCUGUCUACCCUGACUGAGAACUGAACGAUGUGUUAUCUGUCUACCCUGACUGAGAACUGAACGAUGUGGUAUCUGUCUACCCUGACUGAGAACUGAAUGAUGUGUUAUCUGUCUACCCUGACUGAGAACUGAAUGAUGUGUUAUCUGUCUACCCUGACUGAGAACUGAAUGAUGUGUUAUCUGUCUACCCUGACUGAGAACUGAAUGAUGUGGUAUCUGUCUACCCUGACUGAGAACUGAAUGAUGUGUUAUCUGUCUACCCUGACUGAGAACUGAAUGAUGUGUUAUCUGUCUACCCUGACUGAGAACUGAAUGAUGUGGUAUCUGUCUACCCUGACUGAGAACUGAAUGAUGUGUUAUCUGUCUACCCUGACUGAGAACUAAAGGAUGUAUCAUGUCUCUACCCUGACUGAGAACUGAAGGAGAAAUGUUAUCAUCAAACUACAGUAUUUUCUUUGUGUGAUGGAGAGAACAUGAAUUUCCCUUUUUCGGAGUUGAGUGUUUUUUUGGGGGGGGGUGUUUGAGGUAGGUGUGUAUCCUCUAGCCCAGGGGUGUCAAACUCAUUCCACGGAGGGCCUAGUGUCUGCAGGUUUUUGGUUUAUCUUUUCAAUAAAGCCCUAGACAACCAGGUGUGGGGAGUUCCUAACUAAUUAGUGAUGUUAAUUCAUCAAUCAAGUAUAGGAGGAGCGAAAACCCGCAGACACUCGGCCCCCCGUGGAAUGAGUUAGACACCUGUGCUCUAGCCAAUGAGUCUGAGAGAGUUACUGCACAUGCUGUACAUGUUGCUCUGUGUCUGUCCCAUGGAUGUUGACUGGAAUAAAUGGCUGUUUGUUUUUACUGUAACAGGACACUCUUAGAGUAAAAAGGCUCCAACAGGCUUCUUCGGCUGUUCUUCUACACGAACCCCCCCCCCCCAAAAAAUCCCAAAAGGCUUCUUCGGCUGUUCUUCUACACGAAACCCCCCCCCCCAAAAUCCCAAAAGGCUUCUUCGGCUGUUCUUCUACACGAAAACCCCCCCAAAAUCCCAAAAGGCUUCUUCGGCUGUUCUUCUACACGAAAACCCCCCCCAAAAUCCCAAAAGGCUUCUUCGGCUGUUCUUCUACACGAAAACCCCCCCAAAAUCCCCAAAAGGCUUCUGCAAAGGGUUCUCCCACGGGGGACAGCCAAAGAACCCUUCUGUAUUCUAGAUCACAACUUUUGUUUGUCUUUUUUUAGAGUCUAGGAUCAUCGGCCUCCCAUUCACAUUCCUGUAUAUUUGCCAUUGUCGUCAAAUUCUCAUCGUUUUUACGUGCCAGUUUCGUCAUAACGGAAUAAGGAACAUUGUAAAAUCGUUAAAUAAAUCCUGACAGUGCCUUGUCAAAUAUGAAUAUUGUAUAGGCAUAGUGUUGAAGAAACCAGGAUUAUAAUGCCAUCAGUAACAGUGUGUAAAUCAUCUAUCUUUUAUGGGGGGGGUGGUAGGGGCUGAAUUUAGCAUGAUUCCCAAAUGGCACCCUAUUCCCUAUAUAGUGCCCUACUUUUGCCCAGAACUCUGUGGGGGCCCUGUUCAAAAGUAGUGCACUACAUAGGGAAUAGGGUGCCAUACUGGGACGUUGAUUUACUGUAUUUUCUGUCAGCGUUGCUCACGUUGAAGAGAACAUGCUGAAGGCAGCUCGUACUUGUGCAUGUCUGCCAAAGAUGAUCACGUCGUAGUAGAGCAUUGCUGCUGUAGGUGUUUCUACCGUGUGUAUCUUAUCUUGUCAUUGCAGUAACAUUUAGUUGUUGUUUUUUUUGUACAUUUAUACAGUUUUGGUACUCGAUGGCAUUCUCUUUGUCAAAUGUCUUUUGUUUUAUCAAUAUGUAAUAUCACAAUCUCACAUUUUCUUAUUGACAACAUCGGAAAAAUGCAUCUGGUAUAUAUUGAAACUUUGUUUAAAUCUGGUAUAUAUUGAAACUUUGUCUUAAAGUCAAAGACUUCAAACAAGUUUAGAAUGCAAUUCACUGUACAAAUCGGUAACUAGAUUACAAUGCUAUUCACUGUACAAAUCGGUAACUAGAUUAGAAUGCUAUUCACUGUACAAAUCGGUAACUAGAUUAGAAUGCUAUUCACUGUACAAAUCGGUAACUAGAUUAGAAUGCUAUUCACUGUACAAAUCGGUAACUAGAUUAGAAUGCUAUUCACUGUACAAAUCGGUAACUAGUUUAGAAUGCAAUUCACUGUAUAAAUCAGUAACUAGAUUAGAAUGCUAUUCACUGUAUAAAUCAGUACUAAUCCUAAUAUAAAACAAAUUCAGAGCCAAUGAAGAUGUAUAUAUAUAUUCAAACCUUUCGUAAAGAGAUAUAUUUUUAUGCAAUUAAAGCAUUUGUAAGUUAUUAAAUAUGUUGUGUACAUUUCCAUAUGUAAAUGUCAUGUAAGAUUUACAACAAAAAAAUGUUUUGUAUUUUUUCUUUAUUGCCAGUGUAUAAAUCCUUAAUUUAUAUAUAAAACAUUUCAACUAUAAA